GAGGGGAGGGACUUGGGAGGAGGAGCUCCACCCUCGGGCAGAUCCCAGCCCAUGAAACAGAGUUGCAGACAGCAGCGGCUCUCAGAUGGGAGCCGAUCUCUGAGGCAGCAGGGAACCUGCAGGCGCUGAGGACUGAGCCAGGAGCCACUCAUUGACAAUCGGACAUCUGGGCAGGGAGGCACCAGCCUGGGGACAGUCACCCCCAAACUCCCUGCCAGCUCUCUCUUUAAAGAUCUCUCUACGACCUCACUCACCUGCCCGCUGCCGGAGUUUCCCAGAAGCCGCUUCAAGAUGCUCAGGUUAUGGGUGCUGGUCCCUCUGCCUCACAGACCCAAGUGAAGUGGACUUUCCAGGGUCUCUUCCCCAAUUCCACCCCACGAAGGAAAAGCUUUCCUUGGUAUCUCCUCUCCUCCUUCCCACUUCUCACCCCACCUGGGGUCCUUCGUGGGCUUGAGUAUGUUGGUUUUCCUUUGGAUCUCAAGCCCCAUGCCCCAGGACUUCUGAGGCGAUAUCAGCCAUGCGGCUGUUCACGUGUUUCCUGCAGCUUUUGGCUGGUCUGUCCCUGCCUGCUGCAUCCCCCCAGCGGGAUGUACCUCCUGAGAACAGCACAGCAGAAAUAGAAGUGCUGCCCUUCCAGGAGGUAUGGGGCCGAAGUUUCUGCCGCUCGCUGGAGAAAUUAGUGGAUGUUUCAACAGAGUACCCAGGGGAAGUGGAGCACAUGUUCAGCCCGUCCUGUGUUUCACUGAGGCGUUGCACUGGCUGCUGCGGAGAUGAGAACCUCCACUGUGUUGCUGUGGAGACAACCAAUGUCACCAUGCAGCUCCUGAAGAUCAAGUCUGGGGAACAGCCAUCCUACAUGGAGUUAGCAUUCACUGAGCAUGUGCGGUGUGAGUGCAGGCCUCGGAGAGAGAAGAUGAAGCCAGAAAGGAGGAGACUCAAGGGUAGAGGGAAGAGGAAGAGAGAGAAGCAAUGAACCAGAGACUGUCAUCAGUGCGAAGAUGCUGUUCCCCAAAGGUAACCCAGUGGACCCUGGAGAGAGCAACCUCUGCCUAGCUUAUAUUUAUUGCCCCUUUCACAAUCUCAAUUACCUCCCUGCCCACAGCCCCUCUAUUUAUUAGCCAAAUGUAACCCCUGCUGAAUGUCUACUUCUCCCUCGGCUGGGAGACCGACUCUCAGGACUUUGGUGCCUUAAGAAGAAAAAGAGGAGCCUGCAGGAGGAUCCAGAGUCCAGGUCAUGGGAUGUACCUAAACACUGAACACUUAACUAUGACUCAGAAGCAGGUGGGGAAGGGUUCACUUCUUCAUCCCAGGAACUUCCAUGGAACCCGGGGUGCAGAGGAGAGGAAGGAGUGGAUGAAUCCUCUCCCUCUCCCAUUCUUGUUUCUGAAUGAAACAGGGACCUCUGGACCUUGGAAGGGAAAGUAUCCCUUGCCUGAAGUCUAGGCAACAUUCUUUUGAAAGAAAGGAAACAGUUAAUUGUGCCCUAUACGAAAGGAUCCGCUAGAGAAGUCUAGCCUAGCCCACUUUUCACAAUGGAAGAGGGUAGGUAAGAAGGAACCUGGAAAGUGGCACCUAAACUGGGGUGUCUGGGAGGGGACAGCUACCUUUGCUUAGUGGAAGAGGAGAAAACCCUGGUCAUCUAGGGUCUCAGGAGAAAAUUUGCUGGAGCAAUUAAGCCUUUUCUUAGCAAGUGCCCUCCCACCCUGGCAGCCACUCCGAAUCGCAGAGAGCCAAGCCUGGGACAAUUUCGAAGAACAUUGGAUACAAUGGUCUGUAGGGGACCUCCUCUAGUCUCCUAUUUCUCCCAGGACCUUGCAACUCUUUCCUACAACCUGACUGCAGGAAUUCAUCUCCUGGCCUGGGAUGUCACCCCAAAGAGCCCCCAUAUGCCACUCUGACCCACUGGAAAUACCAAUGGGUACAAAUGCCAAAAAGAUGCAGGCAGACAGCCCUUAGCCCUGGGCAUGAUGGUGAAGAUGUAAAAAAAUACUGAGGACUCCAAGGAAGACCCUGCUCCUAGACUCUCUGGACAGGGCAUCCAGCCCACUGAGGAGCACUGUUCUAUACCCAGAACUUCUGUGAAAUGGGUUGAGCAGGUUCCUUUUCAAGGGGGAUUGGGUGGGAGGAGGCUGGGAACUUUCUGUGUGUCACACCAGUUCUUCCUGACCACCAUGUUCAUCGGGCACAGGGAGGCCAAAGAAAAG